AUAGUAAUAGUUAGCUCAGCAAUCUGGGAUUUGGUCACAAAUUUGCUCGUCCUAGUCAUUACCAUUAUUACUGUAGUUAGCCUAUGUAUCACAUGUAGAUAAAGAUCUAAGCGUACGGAUCUAUGCUUUCGUACAGAAUGGCUUCAAUUAACACCGUAGCUUUCCAUUGAAUUUGUAAAGAAGAUACAUAUGACGUCACAACAUAAAGCAGCGGCUAGUUGGCUCAGCACAUAUGCGUUCCUAGUAUGAUUGUGCAGCUCUGGCUCUUUCGUCCUCAUUUUAGACAUGUUGUAAUUAGAGGAAGAAUGGCUCUUUUCAAGGAGAACGUUGUGACUGGGGGAAGACAAGAAGACGUCAAGGACAUGUCUAUUGAUAUUGGAGGGAUGCGUAAGCCAUAUAAGGGGAAAAAUGAGGCAUUUACCGAGGAUGACCUGGUGGCUAAAGAGCCGAUUGCACAGUUUGCUUCCUGGUUUGAUGAAGCUUGUCACACUCCAGGCAUCAUAGAAGCAAAUGCCAUGUGUAUAGCUACAGCCACAAAGUGUGGAAAGCCGUCAGCUCGCAUGGUGCUCCUGAAAGGCUAUGGGAAAGAUGGGUUCCGGUUUUUUACUAAUUAUGGCAGUAGGAAAGGGAAAGAACUGACAGAGAAUCCAUAUGCAAGUUUAGUUUUCUAUUGGUCAUACAAUGGUGAAGACAAUACAUGGGCAAGACAGGCUGAAAACCCUCAGGCUAGCCUAUGUUUUUACUGGGAGCCUCUCAUGAGAUCAGUUCGUGUAGAGGGACGUGUAGAAAAGCUUGGUGAGGAUGUAUCUAAGGAGUAUUUCCACUCUCGCCCACGUAGUAGCCAGAUUGGAGCCUGUCUUAGUCCACAAAGUCAGGUAAUCUGUGGCCGCCAUGUCCUCACUGAAAAAGAUGAACAGCUGAAUGAGGAGUAUAAAGAUGAGACCAAAUUGAUUCCCAAGCCUGAGUGUUGGGGGGGCUUCCGUGUUGUCCCAGAAACCAUAGAAUUCUGGCAAGGACAGACAACACGCAUUCACGACAGGAUCUGCUUCAGAAAACCUGCAACAGAUGAAGUAAUUGAUGAAAGCCUGACUAAGCAAGGUGAUGAUGGAUGGUUAUAUGAACGCCUUGCUCCAUAGACUCAAACACAAAUUUGAAUUGUCAGGAACCUAGAAAAUACAUGUACAAAUGUGGCCACAGACUGCCUUGUGAAGCAUAUUCAGCACAGUGGAAUGGAAGACCAAAUAUGAACAUGAGCUGGAAACCUGAGGAUUGGACAGACAUUUAAUAUGGCUCAUUUUCUGUAUUGUGAAUGAGAAAAGGAGCCACAUACAAUUUUCAUCCAAUGCCCAUUGUUGAUCCAAUUGAAAGUAAAAGUAGCCUUAUGGGUAGUGUUGUGGCAAAACUCUCUUUAUAAAAGUAACAAAGAGGAAGGUAACAGCAA